AUGGCACCGCCCCAACGUCCUAUGGUGCCGCGGCAGGACACCGGGGUGAUGGCACCUCGGUCGGCCCUGGGCAUGCAGAACAUCUCUGUCGACCGCGUCCUCCGCCAUUCCAGCGAGAUCCCAUCCGGCCAACCUCGCCUACAACCCAUGCAAGGCUCUUCCCCCCAGCCCCAACCGGGCGCCAUGGCAUCCGUUCGAGCUGCGGCUCGCGCAGCAGCUCGUAGGGCGGGCGUGCCCGCGAACGCAAUCAUCACGCCACCCAUUGCAGGCGCCGUGCCGGGCUCGCGAAUAGCCGUCCCACAGAACGUCCCACAACGGACUACCAAGGUCAGCGAGAAGCUGGUCCUCAUCCCAGACGCGCCUGAUGACGACUCCCCCGAGGACGAAGAUGUUGAUGAGGCCUCGGCGAGGGAGGAGGAGAGGGCCAGGAGGCAGGCGUUCAUCCAGCAAGAGGAGGACCGGCCGCUUCGGGACGAAGAGUUGGACGUCCUCAGGAAGCGAGGUGGAAUCCGUGGAAAGAGCUACGCAGAGCGGCUACCGAAACGACAGCGAGCAGAGAAGCUGUCACGGCUGACAGCGUACUGCACGGCGCAGGGCUUCAAGAUGAAGUCAACGGCCGAGUUCCUGCGGACGAAGCACGAGGCCAAGACAAAGCUCUAUGACGACUGUCUGUACGUGGUCUACCACCUGCCAUUGAUGAACGGCACGGAAGGGUAUCGCGUGCGCAGCAGGCCGAUACUGAAGACACCGGGAACUGGAAAGACGGUGUUGGAUCUUGAAAUCGAGAGAAGCGAGAGGAGGGACGAGCACUAUGGCUGGGCCAAUGAUGAAUUCUCCGGAAGUCCAGGGGGGAUAUCAUCGAGUCCGACGGAUCUGCAGCCGAUUACGAGCAACGGCUCGGAUGAACGAGGCCGGGACAUGGGACGGGAAGGCGACGAGGACCGCGCGUCCCUCAGUCCUAUCAAUCGACUGGCCCCUGACGCCAAAAACUUUGCCGAGAUGUUUGUCUUCUCAUACGGUGUUGUGGUCUUCUGGAACUUCUCGGAGCACCAGGAGAAGGACAUACUGGGCGACCUCACAUUCGCCGAGAGCGAGAAGGGCAUCUCGCUUGCCACGAGGCCGUUCGAGCCUGGCAAUUACGAAACGGAAGAGUUCCACUUUGAGUACUCGGCCGACAUCAAACACCCUCGCAUCUUCAACGAUAUGAUCACACUGCUUCCAAGGUCCGACCACAUGGUGAAGUUGACUAUCAGUCACGCUGUGGCACAGAGCACGAAGCUGUGCAGCUUUGAGGAGAGGAUGUCCGAGACAAUGAAGCACGCGGAGCCCGUGCCCAAGCGCCUUGCGAUGACAGGCGAGCUGAGUAUGGGUAGGACCGAGAUCGUCAAAUUGCUAGGGAGGCUUUUCAAGAGCCGUGUCGACAUUAAUUUGUCAUCAAACAUUCUCCCCGUGCCCAACUUCUUUUGGGAGUCAGAACCGACCUUGCACCCCCUCUACAUGGCCAUCCGGGACUACCUCGAGAUCGAUCCGCGCAUCACGGUCCUCAACGAGCGGUGCCGUGUGUUCCUGGACCUGGCCGAGAUCCUGUCCGACACCGUGGCCGACGCCAAGAUGAGCGCCAUCACGUGGAUCAUCAUCGUGCUGAUCGUCAUCUCCAUCUGCGUCACUGUGAGCGAGGUCGGCCUCAGGUUCGGCAUCCUUCAGAAGAGCAACGGCCAGAACGGCAGCUGGAACGGCACCGAGCGCGGUAGCAGCAUCAGAGGCGUUGAGAACACACAGGCCAAGGUCUACAGGCCGGGCAGCAUCGAGUGGAAGCUGGCCAAGGCGAACAUCACCAUGGAUGAGUUCAAGGGCUGGAUCGCCCUGAACGAGGAGCAGAGGGGCGAGAUGUGCGGGAGCGAGAUUGUCGGGCAGACGUUUGCGGGUGUGUAG